CACAUCAUCUUCUUUUCGCAAAAAAUACCUAAGUUCGUUAAACGGAAAAUUUAUAGUGUGCGUGUAGAUGAAAUUGUGCUUCGACCGUGCUUUCCAACGCUUCAGAGAAGACCCUGAGUCACCAGUGUUGGCGAAUUCACCAGAGCAACAAUCGGACAGCGCAGGCGCAGGUAGUGGGAAAGCCGCAGCCCCAUGCAAGGUGUGUGGGGACAAGGCAUCGGGCUACCAUUACGGGGUGACAUCCUGCGAGGGGUGCAAAGGCUUCUUCCGUAGAAGCAUCCAGAAACAAAUCGAAUACCGCUGCUUACGCGACGGGAAGUGUCUCGUGAUCAGAUUGAACAGGAACCGGUGUCAAUACUGUCGUUUUAAAAAGUGCCUCGCCGUUGGCAUGAGCAGAGACUCCGUCAGGUACGGGAGAGUGCCUAAGCGUCCAAGGGAAGCCGCCACCACGGAGAACAUGCCAGAUCUUGCUAAAAGCUCAGGCACAGAACCGACACCUCCGCCGGAAGUUGAAGAACCUGACGCUGAGACUCUGCAGAAUGAUUUAACUAGAGAACUCGCUAAAGUGGUGAUUACUGCUCAUAAAAACAACAACUCUUACACUGAUGAAGUGAAGACCACCUUGCAGUUGAAGACUAUUCCGGUGAAGCCAGAAAGAACUAAUGGAGAAGGUACCAGUAAAGACCCGGUAAUUAGUUCAACAACCAGCUCGAUGGAGGCGCUCUCAACUCUGUGGUACAAUGUUGCAUUUCGAAUGACACCUUCUGUGCAACAAGUGGUUGAAUUCGCGAAACGAAUUCCCGGAUUCAACGUUCUGCCCCAAGAUGACCAGCUGAUACUUAUUAAGCUGGGUUUCUUCGAAGUGUGGCUGUCACGAGCCGCCAAGCUCUCCAAUGAAGAGAGCAUCAUUUUUGACGAUGGCACCGUGGUCACCCUCGAGCAGCUGGAAAUUAUUUACGAUGCGCCGUUUGCGAAUGCUAUGUUGGCGUACGUCAAUAAUAUCAACAAAUUAUUGUUGACGGAUGAUGAACUAGCAAUGUUCACGGCUAAUCUUCUUAUUUAUCCACAACGGAAUGGCUUAUGCGAUCGUGAGACAAUUGCCUCAAUGUACCGUAACCUUGGCGACGCACUACAAUUAGUGUUAACCGAAGCCGGCGUAGCGGAUGUACCGGCUCGAAUUGAUGCGUUUGCGGUUGCUACUCAAGAAGUUCUCACACUGGGAGCCCGUCACAACGAGUUAUUGUCGUGGUGCCGCGAUCACUGGCAACGCCUAGUCCUCCCAGCUCUGUUCUCUGAAAUCUUCGACAUCCCGAAAGCAGAAGAAGACGAGUCUCUCGCUUCAGAACGCGCUACAGCUCCAAUAUCCCAAGAGACAGGAUAGAUUGUACGCUUUAGAUGUUAGGUGCCUCAAAUCUUUCGGACCUAAUAAUUUCUACUGUUUAUUCUAAGCACUAGUUAUACUCGAUCCAUACAUAGGAGGCAUCGACCAAACAAUACCAGUACUAUGCACCUAUUAUGUUAUGAGUAUUUGAGUUUCUUCGUAAUAGUUACAAUACAAAUAGUUGCUUCUGGCGUCAACAUCGUCAUUAAUAUAAUAAAAUAAAUACUUCUAUAAUAAUCACGACUCUAUAUUAUAAUGGUCAUUUUAAUUAUAUAAUCAUGUAAUAUCGGUGUCUAUUAAUCGUAUAUAGAGGAAUAUUGAUGGAACCCACAAACGAAAUUAAUUUUCGAAUAGGGUCAGUCCGAGGGGAUUGAGGCAUUGACAUCUCUGGACUUAGGACAUAGAAGUGACCUAAGGAAAACAGCCAAACAGUCACUAUCAUAAUCAAAGCAAUUACCAUGUAACAUAAGGAUUCGUUCUCAAAGUCACACAAAGCGUUCUUCAUACGAUUCCGAUUUCAGUAAUACCGUCACUAAAAGUGUUUAUUCUUUGGGUUACUUUUAUAACUCCUUCAUCCCUCGUAAGGAUUUGGUGGUGGGUUCAAGCAGGUAGCUUAUAUUAUUGUAUCUUAAAUACGUCAUAAUAUACCCACGUAAUAUUGUUACUCUAUCGUAGGUUAAACUUGUAGCAUAAAUUUGGUAUACCUAUACGUACUUUCACGUUUAUGUGUAGUUUUAUCUCAAUCGUAAUUAUCCUUUAUAUGUAGUUGAUAAAAAUGAUUUCGGAGCACGCAUUUAUUUAGAA